CACAUGGCUUAAGCAACGAAGCAUUACUACAAGGGGGGCACUCUGAGAUCUGCAGAGAGAGAAUUUCACCAGAUGCUUAUGCAACUUACAUAUGGGGAGACUUUGAGACUUUCAGUUUGCAGGCUGCAGCAUAGUGUCUUUAAAGCAUCACAGCUUCGGUACCCCACAAAUACCUGAGGUACACCAAGGUCUUCCUGAUAAGAGGUGUCCUGCUACAUUUUUGCCACGGAUAACCUGCACAAGGACCAAGCACACCGAUAACUUCAAGAUGCCAACAAAGUCUCAGGAAAUGGAAGAUUUAACCCUAGAGUCCCAGGAAUUGAAGCCCCAAUUUCUCCGGCCAUCUGUCACCAGCUUUCAGCCAACAAACGCAAAGAUUCAGUCGGUGGAAAGGUUUCCUGAAAGCACCACCCAUGCCACCUUUAUUCCACAUCCUCUGUCACCACUGGUAAAAGCUAAAGUUAAACAUUUAGAAGACGGCUUUCCAACAAUAAAAGGAGACCCACGCACUUUCAGCUUUCUGUCCCAGUACAAUGACACGUUUAAGAGACUUAUGGGCCAACCAGCACAGCCUGUGGAAAAGCACUGCUCCUCUGUCUGUAUCGGUAAUCCUACAAAGAGCACACAAAGAGAGACAACCUACACAGCCUCAUACCUUCAGCCUCCUGUCUGCAGACCACAGCAGACGAAAGAUCAGUUGGUGUUCAAACCUAGAAAUUUCUAUAAAGACUGCUGGACCACUACCUUCAGAGAGGACUUUAAGUCUCACAAACAUGAACCUGUUGUCCAAGUGCAAACAAGCCGAAAUGUCACUUCUGUAUCCAGAGGUGACACUGAUAAGGAACGAAACGCAGAAAGGAUGUCAGUCACCACCAACAAAUUCUUCUUCUCAGAUCCGAUUGGCCCAUAUUCUCUGCUGUGUUUGCCUGAUCCCGACAUGAUUACUAAAAGUCAGGUACAUUUCGGCCCAACAAGUCCAUCAGGCCAGAGCUACACAACUACAACAAGCGAGCAGUACAACAAAAAGGAAGGAGGUCGAGCCAAACCAGCUAUCAACCCAAGGAGUAACAUACUGAGUGGACCAGAACAUGGGCCACACAUCAGUACCUCAAUGGCUGACUACAUUCCUCUGAAAAGCUCCAAACAAGGAAUGUGUCAGACACAGCAAAAGACAAACCUCAAGUUUCCACUUUCCAAGACGCAUUUCAGCACCACCCACAGUGAAGACUACACGGCCAAACCAUUGAUCCUGCAGCGUUCUGCACGUGACCAGUUCUGCAGUCAUUUUAUGCUAAAAUGACUGUGUAUCAAAGCAGGAUUUCAGUUCCUAAUAAAUGUUAUUGAGCACCACCAUAA